AUGAUUUCAUACAAAAACGUCGAUGACCAACAGCCUGCCGACUACACAUUGACCGAACUCACAACAGUUCAAUAUCCGUUUUUCACUCACAGAAUCCAUCCAAUGAGACAGGAAUCGAUUACGUGUAGUGAGAGGAAGAUGUUGAUUGAGGAGAAGAAGUUUGAGAGGAGACAGAUGAAAUAUGGAUCAGGGCAGCAACCGACUUCUAAGACGCUAUUGAACGUUAACGCAUCUUCAAAUGUACACGAAACAGAAACGAAUCGAUUUCAAAGAAUUGUGGACUACGAAUCAGAGAAGUGGGCAAUGGGAACGGGAGAGAACAUGAAUCAAGAGAUUGUUGAAGAACCAAAAGAGUCAACCUCUCGUCAAAACCUCCGGCAGCCAUCCCAGUCGUCUAUGGACAACUUCUCUUCUCUUCCACUAUCCAACGCUUCCAAUCCAUCUCCUAUGACUGUCAAACAAGCAAUCAGACUCUUGACUCAACCAAUCCCUAGUCAGAUCAAUGUGAACACCACGGAGAUUGUUAAAGAAAUCAAGGAGUGGCUCGCGUCGAGCAGUUACACCAACAAAUUUUUCGCCAGUAACAUUCUGAAUAUCAAAGAGAAAAACUUGACAAAUAUCUUUGCUCAGAAAAGAGAUUUCAACUCUUUGAGAAAUACCAAGGAGACAUUCAUCAAGAUGUACAACUGGUUGGAAAUGUCGGAAGAUGUGAGAGCGGAAAUGCUGAAAAUGAACUUGUAUGAAUAUGAGAACAAUGAGUCAACUCUUCAUGACAAGAAUGAGCCUCCAAAGAAGAUCAUCCGUCAAGAUCCAGCAAUUAUGACUGCCGAAAGAAUCGAUGAACUCAUGAACCAGCCAGUUGCCUACAUGAGCACCAAAAAGGUUACCCAGGACAUUAAAGAAUGGUUGGCAAGAACUCCAACUACACGCAAAUGGUUCGCAGAAUCGAAGGAGUCAACCUCUCGUCAAAACCUCCGGCAGCCAUCCCAAUCGUCUAUGGACAGCUUCUCUUCUCUUCCACUAUCUAACGCUUCCAGUCCAUUUUCAAUGACUGUCGAACAAGCAAUCAGAUUCUUGACUCAACCAAUCCCUGCUAACAUCAAUGUGAACACCACGGAGAUUGUUAAAGAAAUCAAGGAGUGGCUCGGCUCGAGCAGUUACACUAACAAAUAUUUUGCCAGUAAUAUUCUGAAUAUCAAAGGGAAUCAUCUGACAAAUAUAUUCGCUCAACCGAGAGAUUUCAUUUCUUUGAGAAACACAAAAGAGGCAUUCAUCAAGAUGUACAACUGGUUGGAAAUGUCGGAAGAUAUGAGAACGGAGAUGUUGAAAAUGAAUUUGUAUGAAAAUGAAUCACCUCUUCAAGACGAGAAUGAUACUCCAAAGAAGAUUUUCCGUCAAAAUCCAGCGACUAUGACCGCCGAAAGAAUCCGUGAACUUAUGAACCAGCCAGUUGCCUACAUGAACACAAGAAAAGUUACCUCGGAUAUCAAAGAGUGGAUGGCAAGAACUCAAACUACACGCAAAUGGUUCGCCACGAAUAUUAUGGGACGAGCGAAAAGAACGUUGGUAAUAAAUCUGAAUUAUCCAAAAGAGUGGGAAGAAUUGACGAGAGGAAAGGAGGUUUAUGUGAAAUUGUAUAAUUGGAUGAGGAUGUCGAAAGAGGAGAGACAGGAUAUUAUGAGAUUCUAUGGAUCUGAAAAUGUGGAAGAGCAGGAAUCAGAGGACGAGGAGUCGAAAUCACUUGAUGACAUCCUCAAAGAGUUGAGACGACAGUUUUCCGAGUGCAAUAGGCAGUAA